CUGUCCUGCACGAUUAUUUGGUUGUGCAGACACGGCGACUGGAUGCAGGGAGGCCACUGGCAAGGUAGUUUGGCAGUGGCAGUGAUCGCGAGGUCGCUAUCACUGGAGGUGAUCAACGCGCUGGUGGCCGAGUGUGGGCCUGCAACUGACUUCUUCUCGCUGGGUCUGCCGGGGUCUUCAGUACCCACCCUGGACUCCAUCUUGGCCACCAGCACCGCCACCACCUCCACCGAUGCCAAAGUUCAAUCACCUAAGAUGGAAGCCCUGGGUUUCUGCCUGGGUCCCUGCUGCCGCUGUGGUCACUCUCCCCGCCCCUGCCCGUGCUGCAGCUCUCAGCCUGUGACCUCACCCUCAUGAACUGCUCCGACGUGCUUGUUUCCGUCCCUUUCUUUUUAGCCUCUUCACUUGAGUGUCUCUGGAAUACGAGACGGUUGCCGGCGUGCCACUUCGCCGACGGGCUCGGGACGGUUCGCCGAACCGUCCCACGGUCAAAGAUUAUAUGGGCCAUUCCUACAGCCUGAGAACUAGGAAAAAAAAGUGUGCUCGAUUGUUCAAAAUCCGUAACUGAUGCCUCAUACCAAUGGCCUAUAUGCAAGUAUUUGUCAUUUUUUCCUACGUAAAAUUUUGGUUUGAGUUAAGUAUCACUAUUCCUACUGUACCUGACCAGAAGUUAAUAUAUUCGUGGAUGGGUAAAAAUAAGUUUUUUCCAUCACCCAGGAAUUAAUCGUGCGUAAGGAUAUAAAAUAAAUGGAAAUGAUAAUGGAGGUAAGAAAGCUUGUUGGUGACGUCUGCGAGCGUGAGGGAGCAGGAACGAAGCAGUGUUAAAAGAGACACUGGGCAGGGUUAGUCCGCUUCCGAGUGAAAAGCAGCCCGCCCCGCGCAUGACUUCUUUUGUUAUCCAGCGGCCGGGGUCAGAAGGCAAAAGCCAGGUCAGUCCGACCAUGAUCUUCCCAGCGUUAAGAGCAAGGAAGUCCGAGUCACUCCGCGUUCCGGUGGUUUAUUGUUCGGUGUAUGGAUGUAGGUCUGACCGGGGGCAGAAA